AUGGCCCUUUGGAGGAGAUCCCCGUCCAGGUCAGGGAGACUGCCUGGAGGAGCCUCAGACCAGGAAGAAGAUUGUCGCCAGUACACGAACAAGAGCUGUGAAGAGUGUCUGAAAAAUGUCACCUGCCUGUGGUGUGCCAGCAGCAGGAGGUGCGUGGAGUACCCCGUGCGAAGAGUCCUCCCCCGGGCUGACCUCUGUGAGCUCCGCUCUGCGCGCUGGGGAGUCUGCUGGGUGAACUUUGAAGCCCUGAUCAUUGCGAUGUCUGUGGUGGGAGGAACGAUCCUUAUCAUGUUGGGGGUCUGCUGCUGCUGCUGCUGUUGUAAGAAAAAGAGCAAAAAGCCAGACAAGGAUGAGGAGAGAGCGGCCAGGGAGCGGGAGAAGCGGCGGGUGCGGCAGGAGGAGAGGAGAGCAGAGAUGAAAUCACGGCACGAUGAAAUCCGAAGAAAAUACGGCCUGUUCAAGGAGGAGAAUCCUUAUGCAAAAUUUGAGAAUUAGCAUCUCCAGAGCUGCCAACCCCAGCGAACAGUGCCUUCCUGCAGAGCCGCAGGGCUCCGUGCUUCCCCCUGCCACGAGGAGACCACUGUGGUGCCACUUCCCACUUCAGCUGCCACAGAAGAUGCGCCAAACUCUUGGUGACACCAUUGUCCCCACUCUAGAUGCUCGGUUUGCUCCAGAGCUUUCUUUGCUCUUGUUCUGCUGGUGCAAAAAAACAUGGUGGCAAUACCAGAGGAUGACAUGUUUCUUCUCCCUUGCCCCUGCGGUGGUAACGGAGUCCAAAGCAAUGCAAAUAACAGCCCUUGUCCCUGGCCAAGGGCAAAAGCAACCUUAUAUAUUUUUCUUGCUCCUGCCUCACCAAAUGCCCUUCACGCACACACAGUCAGAUUCUUCUGUCCCCUCCCUUCUUUUUUAUUUUUCUUUUCGUAUAGGCUAAAGUUUCCUGACUUGCCAGUCAGCAGGAGGCCUCGGCUGUUACUCCAGGUGCCUGUACUUCUCCCAGCACAUUAGCACUCCUUUCAAAAAGCACACAUUUCUGGUUGUCUUGGGCCUCCGGGAGGAAGGUCCCACGUGCACAUUCUCACUUGCAACUAAUCUGGGGAAAUGCCCCAACUCUCCUACCUCUCUGUGCCUUUCUAGAAAGGUGGUCUCCUGGGCUUGAUGGCCACGGCUGAUCGCAAUACUGUAGAAUUGAGAUGCAUUUACAGUAUGUUGACUACAUAUUAAACUGAUUUGAUUACUA